CGAAAUUCGAAAAAAUUGGAAGCAUAAUGCUUAAGGCGGGAUUUCAAGUUUGGCUUACGGUUUAGAGGCUUCAAUUUUCUGAUGUGAAUUGCCUUCCUGACAUCUGCAAUCUGAGCAAUGGUUCCUUUGAAUGAGCACGUUAGCAUGAUCAAGGGUAUCGUGGAAAAAUAUGUGAAUAAUGUAUCAUCUUUAAAGACGAAUCAUCUUAAUCACUUGGACGAACUCCUGAAUGCGGACCACCGGUCUAUUGAAUCGCCACAAAUGAAUCUCCAGUUAGCUGUCGGCGCGGCUGAGACUGAAUUAAGGAAAUUACUCUUUGAAGAAGACAGAUUGAAACGGGAAUGUGAACAAUUAUCAAAAGGAUUGAAACAGCUUACAGCUCAACAUAAUGCCGACUUGUUGGAAAAGAAAACUACAUUAGAAGAUCACCAAUCAAAGUUGAAAUUCGCAAGAAAGAAAUUAUUGGUUUACGAAAGAUUUACGAAUACAAAGUUCGCUAUUGACGAAAUUUCAAUCACAGCUUUUAUCGUGAAUCCAGAUGAUGCGGUGAAAGUUAAUCUUCCAAAUACAUUACUAAAAGCAGAAACUGAUCUUUGUCAAGUAACAAACGAAAACGAUCCUUCAAGAACUGAAGUCACAGGUUUAACAUUCACUGAAGAUAUAGUUGCGGGGAUGAACAGGUUGUGGGAGCGCAUGGAAGUCUCUGAUAAGUGGGAACACUUGGUCGGACCAACACACAUAGCAGCUGACUUACCAAAGCAAACAUCAGUGUGUAACCGAAAAGUUUUGUGUACGCCAGAAAAUGAUGCUCAACCAUCGUAAUUUAUUCACUUUUACUCAGUUCCUAACUGUUUGUUUCAUCAUUCCUAUGUUGUUUUGAAUUCUCGAAUAUUGCAUUAAUGUCUGACUUUGGAUAAUACUAGCUUAAAGACGCGUUCUUUAUCGUGCUGAUAUGCCAGAAGCUAUCGGUUCUCAAAAUCUUGUUCCAUUCUGAAAAUUCUAGCUUACAUAUAAAACCUGUAUCCCCAACCAAAUAUUACUGCAAUUAUUCCUACCAAAUGAAGUCUCAUCCACUACUUUUAUCAACAAAAAUCACUUACAGAUUUUAGUUGGUGCGGUGAAAACAGUCUACAUUGCGUAAUCUUGCGCUCUCAAGCUGUGUAGUUAUUAUCGGUAGAAAUCUUAAUGUUUCUAA